AUGCGUCUGCUACAGUACAACAACGAUGGCGAUUUCAGCCUGAUCGAGUUCAAUGAGAGCGAUAUACCUGAGUAUGCUAUACUCUCGCACACAUGGGAACAGGAUAAUAGCAAGGAAGUCACAUAUGCGGAAGUGAUAAGCGGGACUGGCCAGAACAAGGAUGGUUUCAAGAAGAUUAAUUUCUGUGGAGAACAGGCUAGACAAGAUGGUCUACCAUACUUUUGGGUUGAUACCUGCUGUAUCAAUAAGCAAAACAAGGCUGAGCUCAGGCACUCCAUCAACUCUAUAUUCCGUUGGUAUCGCAAUGCAAGUCGAUAUUAUGUCUAUUUGUCGGAUGUUUCGACAAGGAAGCGAAAGGCGAGUGAUCAGUCGUCAGAGCAUAAUUGGGACUUGAGCUUUCGGGAGAAAACGGGUAAAGAGGAGGAUAAAGCGUACUCAUUGCUGGGCAUCUUCGGUGUCUCUAUAGUCCCCACCUAUGGUGAAGGAGUCGCGAAAGCAUUCGAUUGGCUGUGGAAUAGAUUUCGCGAAAUACAGAAAUGUAUGCAAGACUUACGGCCUACCGAUCCUCGUCUAGAUAAGCAACGUAUUGAGGCCACCAAAGGAGGGUUACUACAGGAGGCUUACCGAUGGGUGAUAGAAACCUCCGACUUUCAACAAUGGCGUACCAAUCAACACCAUCGGUUACUGUGGAUCAAGGGCGACCCUGGGAAGGGUAAGACAAUGUUGCUUUGCGGUAUUGCCGAUGAACUACAGAAUUCGUUGGCUAAGUCUGCACUUCUGUCGUACUUCUUCUGCCAGGCCACAGAUUCCCGGAUCAACCGUGCCACAGCUGUGCUACGAGGUCUGAUUUAUCUACUAGUCGACCAGCAGCCAUCUCUCGUCUCGCAUGUGCAAGCGAGUUACGAUGAAGCUGGCAAGGCGCUCUUUGAAGAUGCGAAUGCCUAG